AUGGGUUCAUGUUUUGGCAGCUGCGCCACCGCCACCGCCACCUCCUCUAACUCCAACUCUAAUACCCCUUCGAGCUCCUCGGCAUCGUCCCCUUCCACAGCCUCCUCCGCAUCCUGCGUGGCCAAUAUCUGCCGCUGGCGUCUUGGCAGAUCCGGAGCCAUUGCCAGGGAAAGUGUUAAGGCAGACAGACACAGCCAGGAGCUGAUAUCGACCACAAGCAGUCAACGCUGCCAGAAUCACGGCCUUUUCUACCGCAUUCUGAGGUCCCGGCGUAGGCGGCAUUGCUCUCAAUUCCUGGACAAGUACUGGGAGCAGCAGCCCAGCUACGCCAAGCUUCAGAGUAACAGUGCCAUGCCCGACAUUCAGAUGCAAAACCUAGACGCCUGUAAGCUGCUUAAUGGCCAGACCACAACCAGCAGGGAGACGGAAAUGGGACACGGGACCUACCACCGCAUGUCCACCUCGCGGGCCAGCUCCUCGUUGGAUCUCGAGUGGGAGCACGAGUACUCGCAACUGCGGCAGUACCAGCUCCAGCAAAAGGAACCACCCCCAGCUUCGCAAAAUCCGCGCUACGUCUCCCUCGAACAGCUGGCGAAUGUAGCCACGAUGGCGGGCAUCCAUGGGCGACAAGUGGCGCGACAUGGGCGGAUGGGCAGCCAGCGACACGGCGGCUCAUUCACGCGCACCUCCUUGUGCUCAUCGACGCAGAACUCCUGGUCGCACAUCUCAACACCGGAAUCACUCGAAUGGGAUGUGGACGAGGAACGAGAGCAGCAGCGUCAGUUGCGCUUAGAGGAUGACAAUCUUGACGACGAGACCCUCAAACUGCUGUAUCAGAUCGAGCAGCUGAAGCACCAUGUGCUGCAGGAAACUGGCGAAGGACUGAGCAUGGGAGCAGUGGCUGUUGAGGAGCUGACCGAGGGUCUUCAAUUCCGAGCCACUCACUUCGGCGCCGAUGCUGAAGUGGGAGCCCGGUUGAGUUGAUUGGCUGGAAGAGGAGGAGAAUGAUGUAUGUACAUAGGAUUGUUCUUAGAGGUGUUAAGCAGGCGUAUGGCGGGAGAAAAGAGUGCAAAAUGUCCAAUAUUUCAGGCUUGUAUCUCUUUUUUUUUUUUUAAUUUAAAUUAAAAACCAGUUCUUUGUUUUGGAAAUUCAAACUCAAUAUUUAAUAAGGGCUCCCAUACAACCAAUCAUUAAGAAAUCAUAAUGUUUUUAAAGAAAACACCAGCCC